UUUAAUCCAAGCCAGUUCAAAGUACAUAUAUUUACAAAGUUUGUUCAGUCGAGAGCAAUGAUUAUGCAUUUAUAAAAUAUAAAAAACAGCUUAUUAUAUUUUGAAUUUUAUCAUAAAUAAUAACUCAAGCAUAACUAAAAUUUCAUAGUAUGCUGAAAGUAUUCCAAAAUUUUAGUCGAAAAAUGAGUACAAUUUCAUCAAAUCGUCUUUCGGGGAAAGUUGCUGUAGUAACAGCAUCUACAGAUGGUAUAGGUUAUGCUAUUGCUAGGAGAUUAGCUCAAGAAGGUGCAAAGGUAAUGGUAAGCAGUCGUAAAGAAAAGAAAGUGAAUGAAACUGUUCAAAAGUUAACAAACGAAGGAUUAUCGGUAGCAGGACAAGUUUGUCAUGUAUCGAAUGCAGAACACAGGCAAUCUUUAUUCAAAAAUACUAAGGAGAAAUUUGGAGGUAUUGAUAUUUUGGUAUCCAAUGCGGCUGCUAAUCCUUCUGUUGGAAGUGUUCUAGACUGUGAUGAACCAUCUUGGGAUAAAAUCUUUGAUGUGAACGUUAAGAGUUCUUUCCUUCUUGCAAAAGAAGUACUUCCAUAUCUACGAGAACGUAAAGGUGGUAGCAUUAUUUUUGUAUCAUCGAUUGCCGGAUUGCAACCAUUCCAGCUUCUAGGAGCGUAUUCCGUGAGUAAAACAGCUUUAUUAGGUUUAACGAAAGCUGCAGCGGAAUCACUUGCUACAGAAAACAUUCGGGUCAAUUGUUUGGCACCGGGUAUUAUUGAAACAAAAUUUUCAUCGGCAAUUACAGAUAAUGAAAUAUCCCGUAAUGCAUCCUUAGAGAAAAUACCAAUGCAAAGAUUUGGUACUAUUGAGGAAAUGGGCGGAGUUGUUGCAUUUUUAGUAUCAGAUGAUGCAUCUUAUAUUACGGGCGAAACUAUUGUUGCAAGCGGUGGAAUGCAAAGUAGAUUAUAAAAUAUAGAAAUUGAAAAAAUUUGAUUAUAUAGUGUUGCACAUAUUUAAAGAACGACAAUAACUUUUAUACAGCGAGGCUGCUUAAGUUGGCUCCAUAUUGAAAACUUUUUUAUUAUAAGGUUUACGAAAAGGAGUUAUUCUUUAUAAAAAUCUCUGCUUUCGAAAAUAUUAACAUUCAGCUAUAUUUACUUUUGAUAUCGAAUGUACAGGGUACAACAAAAAGUUUGAUAGGAAUGUCAAUGAUCGUUUAGAAAUGUAGACCAUAUUAGGACAAAACCGUUCAAGAAAUCAUUCCCGAGAUAUGUAGGAGUGUAUUUAAAGAAUUUUGUAAAAGAAUAUAACAAUUACACGUAUGGAACGCGAAGGUAGAUACUUUGAGGAAAAA